UUUUUUAAAAAAUAAUUCAAAUUCGUUUACUUAUUUAGAAAUAUUUCUGGAAUUUUUCUAUUUUAAUUUAAUGUCUACAAACUCUCUCUCACUCUCAUUUAUAAUCCGAAAGUACGAACGGCAUCUUUAUUCUAUAACAUAUGUGCCAGCCUGUCUGUUGAAGUUUGGGACAGGAAAAGUUGAUAAUGAGAAAUAGUUUGCUUAUAUAUCCCGUUAGCUUUACAAAAACUGACUCAUUUCAAAUUUGGACCAUUUUUGUGAAACUGUCCCGAUUUGACUAAAAAUCUACCCCUACAUUUCAUUAUUUUAUUUAAUUCGAAAUUUAAAAGCAAUUAAUUUAAUUAAUUUAAUUUUUCAGAGGACUAUUACCUACAUAUAUUUAUUUAAAUAUCAUUUUGUUUAUUCUUUUAAUUUCUUAAAUUUUAUUUAUCUCUCAAAAAAACUUCACAAUAAAUGUCCAGUACAGAUGAAGAAAGUGAUAUAGAAACAGCCGUAAAACGCCAUUUGACAGAAACAGAACAACAACAACAAAAUAAAAGAAACGAGAAAAAUGGAAGAUCUACUAAUUCAACUACGAAUGGUGUUUUGGAAACAACAGAAAAUUCUUCACAACAAAGAACAAAAAUUUAUUCGAGACGAUAUGCAAUGCUUACAAUGUUUAUUCUCCUCUCCGCCUCAAAUGCCAUGCAAUGGAUAGAAUACAGCAUAAUAGCACACAUAAUUCACGCAUAUUAUAAUGUUGAAUAUACAACUGUAGAUUGGACAUCAAUGAUUUAUAUGCUCACUUAUAUGAUUUUGAUUUUCCCUGGAAGUUGGUUUUUGGAUAAAUAUGGCCUUAGAAUGUCUGUUAUGAUUGGUGCUUUUGGGAAUUGUUUUGGUGCUUGGCUUAAAAUUUUAUCGACAACCCCAGACAGAUUUUGGCUGACAUUUAUUGCCCAAACUAUUGUCGGCUCUUCCCAAGUUUUUAUUUUGGGAAUUCCUCCAAGACUGGCAGCUGUUUGGUUUGGUCCAGAACAAGUAUCCACAGCUUGUGCUGCUGGGGUUUUUGGAAAUCAGUUAGGUAUUGCUAUUGGCUUUAUACUCCCUCCAUUGCUUGUACAUCCCGGAAAUAAAGAGAGUAUAAGCUUUCAAUUAAGCUUAUUAUUUUUAAUUUCUGCUGUUGUAAAUUCGAUUAUUUUUAUAUUUAUUGCCUUAUUUUUUGCUGAAAAACCUCCUCUUCCUCCAUCAAAUGCCCAAAUGCAAGCAAUUGAUGAAUCUAGAGAAGGAGAUUUUGGACGGUCAAUUAAAAAUUUGUUAAAAAAUGGAAAUUAUAUACUUUUGCUUAUUACUUAUGGAAUUAAUGUUGGCGUAUUUUAUGCAAUAUCUACACUUUUAAGUCAAAUGAUACUUUUUUAUCAUGAGGGUGCACAAAAAGCAACAGGCACAAUAGGGUUAUUAAUUGUUGUUAGUGGAAUGUUUGGUUCUGUUGUUUGUGGCUAUGUUCUUGAUAAAUGGCAUCAUUUUAAAAUGACAACAUUAAUAGUUUAUUUAUUUUCCUUUCUUGGAAUGAUUGUAUUUACUUUUACGUUGGCAAGAUGGCCGCUUUGGACAAUUUUUAUUAUUGCAAUUGCUCUUGGAUUUUUUAUGACCGGUUAUUUACCUCUUGGUUUUGAAUUUGCUGCUGAAUUAACUUUUCCAAUUGCAGAAGGGACAACUUCAGGGCUUUUGAAUGGGUCAGCUCAAGCUUUUGGAAUUGCCAUGACAUUUGGAAUGGGAAAGGUACUUCACGAUCUAUCAAUUUUAUGGUGUAACGUAAUUAUGUCCGCCUUAUUAUUUGUUGGUUUUAUUUUAACAGCCUUAAUAAAAUCUGAUUUAAGAAGACAAAAUGCACAUAUCAGGGUUGGUAUAAUUAAAUUAAUUUUAAAAAACAAGAAAAACUUAUAUUUAGAAUUUAGAGUAUAA